UGAAGGAGCCUUGGCAUGUUCCUGUACAAAGCCCUUAAACACAUCGAUGAAGAGGAGUACAUCCAGUCCCAGAAACCCUGGAUAGAAAGCACUUUCACCAAGCGGGAAUGUGUGUACAUACUUCCAGUGUCAAAAGACCCCCACAGAUGCCUUCCAGGAUGCCAGAUUUGUCAACAGCUAGUCCGAUGCUGCUGUGGACGGCUGGUGCGGCAGCAUGUUGGCUUUACAGCCAGCUUGGCCAUGAAGUAUUCAGACGUGAAACUGGGUGAAAACCCCAACCUGUCCAUGCCCGAGCUGGAGGAGUGGUCGGUGGAAAAACACACAGAGGCCAGCCCCACUGAUGCCUACGGUGUCAUCAAUUUCCAGGGAGGGUCUCACUCAUACAGAGCCAAGUAUGUGCGUUUGGCCCACGACUCGCCGCCAGAGAGCAUCCUGCGGCUGAUGCUGAAGGAGUGGCAUAUGGAGCUUCCUAAGAUCCUCAUCUCUGUCCACGGAGGAGCUCAGAACUUUGAGCUGCACCCACGCCUCAAGCAGGUGGUAGGCAAGGGCCUCAUCAAAGCUGCAGUCACCACUGGGGCCUGGAUACUCACUGGAGGGGUCAACACAGGUGUGGCAAAACAUGUUGGAGACGCUCUCAAAGUACACUGUUCAAGAUCAUCAAAGAAAAUUUGCACUAUCGGGAUCGCAUCCUGGGGAGUCAUUGAAAACAGGAACGAUCUCAUUGGCAGAGACAUUGUCGCUCCGUAUCAGACACUGCUGAACCCUCUAAGCAAACUAAACGUUCUCAACAAUCUGCAUUCCCAUUUCCUCCUGGUGGAUGAUGGGACAGUAGGCAAGUACGGCGCUGAGGUCCAACUGCGACGGGACCUGGAAAAGCACAUCAACCUCCAAAGAAUACACGCACGAAUUGGUCAGGGUGUUCCUGUUGUGGCCCUGAUCUUUGAGGGCGGUCCCAAUGUGAUCCUCACCGUGCUAGACUACCUUCAGGAGAGCCCUCCUGUCCCAGUGGUGGUGUGUGAGGGGACCGGCCGUGCUGCUGACAUAUUGGCCUAUGUCCACAAGCAGACUGAGGAAGGAGGUAGUCUUCCUGAUGGAGUGGAGACUGACAUCAUCGCAACCAUCAAGAAAACCUUUAACUUCAGCCACAGUGAUGCCAUCCAUCUCUUUCAGACUCUGAUGGAGUGCAUGAAGAGCAAAGAAUUGAUCACUGUGUUUCACAUCAGCUCCGAUGAGCACCAGGACAUUGACGUAGCCAUUCUAAGGGCUUUACUCCAAGGCACAAAUGUAUCUGCCUUCGAUCAGCUGGUCCUGACACUGGCCUGGGACCGGGUAGACAUUGCCAAAAAUCAUGUGUUUGUGUAUGGACAGCAGCUCAUGGUGAGCUCCCUGGAGCAAGCUAUGCUGGAUGCACUCGUGAUGGACAGGGUUGAUUUUGUCAAGUUGCUCAUAGAAAACGGUGUAAGCAUGCACCGUUUCCUGACAAUCAGUCGGCUAGAGGAGCUCUACAAUACGAAACAACCUCCCAACAACCCAACUCUUCUCCACCUGGUUAGAGAUGUUAAACAGAGUCAUCUGCCUCCAAACUAUAAGAUCACUUUGAUUGAUGUGGGCCUGGUUAUUGAGUACCUGAUGGGCGGGACUUACAGGUGCAACUACACCAGGAAACGCUUCCGAAUCAUUUACAACAAUCUCCACGGCAACAAUAGGAGGUCGGGGCGCCAUGCAGCAGGUCCCGGUUCUCAUUUGAGGAAAAGUCACGAGUCUUUUAGCAUGCAAGCAGACAAGAAGGAGAAGACAAGGCACAACCACUUCAUCAAAACUGCACAGCCAUACAAACCUAAGCUUGAGUCUUCCAUCGAGCAGAACAAAAAGGGAAGCAAAGAAGAGAUUGUGGACAUAGAUGACCCAGAGACACGUCGGUUUCCCUACCCUUUCAAUGAGCUGUUGGUGUGGGCCGUGCUGAUGAAGAGGCAGAAAAUGUCACUCUUCUUCUGGCAGCAUGGCGAGGAGAACAUGGCAAAGGCACUGGUGGCCUGUAAGCUUUGCCGAUCCAUGGGCUACGAGGCCAAGAAGAGUGACUUGGUGGACGACACCUCAGAAAGGCUCAAGGAGUACUCAAUUGAGUUUGGGACGUUAGCAGUGGACCUGCUGGAGGAGUCGUUCAGGCAGGAUGAGACCAUGGCCAUGAAGCUGCUCACCUACGAGCUGAAGAACUGGAGCAACUCUACAUGUUUGAAGUUGGCCGUCUCCUCCCACCUACGGCCCUUUGUUGCUCAUACCUGCACCCAGUUGCUGCUGUCAGACAUGUGGAUGGGAAGGCUGAACAUGCGCAAGAACUCCUGGUACAAGGUGAUUCUGAGUAUGUUGGUACCUCCUGCCAUCCUACUGUUGGAGUACAAAUCCAAGGCUGAGAUGGCUCAUAUCCCUCAGAGUCAGGACGACCACCAGAUGACCAUGGAGGACAGCGAACACAACUUCCAGAACAUAGCUGAAGACAUCCAAAUGGAGGUGUUCAAGGAGUCCAGAUCCCACGACCAUGUGGAGGCAAAGAAUGACAUGGAGACACAUAUUCGUGCCAGGAAGCUUCCCUUAACAAGGAAGUUUUAUGCUUUCUACCAUGCUCCCAUAGUCAAGUUCUGGUCCAACACGCUCUUCUACCUGGGCUUCUUGAUGACAUACUCGUAUGUGGUCCUGGUGAAAAUGCCCAAAUGGCCUUCUCCUCAAGAGUGGGUGGUCAUCCUCUACAUAUUCACAUCUGCCAUUGAAAAAAUUCGAGAGAUGUUUAUGUCUGAAGCAGGCAAAAUAAGCCAGAAGAUAAAAGUGUGGUUCAGUGACUAUUUCAAUGUGUCUGACUUUCUGGCCAUUGUGACCUUCUUCGUUGGCUUUGGCCUGAGAUUGGCUGGAGGUGAGGCCUUUGUCCCCGGGAGGACGGUGUACUGUCUUAAUAUCAUCUUCUGGUAUGUGCGCCUCUUGUCUAAUCUGGUGUGGAAGUACCAGCGCUACCACUUUAUUAUGGCCUACCAUGAGAAGCCUGUCCUCCCUCCCCCCUUCAUCCUCCUCUGCCAUAUCUGCUCCCUCUUCUGUGUGUGUAGAAAGAGGAAGAAGGAGCAUACCUACGGACCAAAACUGUUUCUCACAGAGGAAGACCAAAAGAAGCUUCAUGAUUUUGAGGAGCAGUGUGUGGAGACGUACUUUCAUAAAAAAGACGAUCAGUUUCACUCGGGAAGUGAGGAGCGUAUACGCGUUACCUCAGAAAGGGUUGAGACCAUGGGUAUGCAGCUGAGGGAGGUUGGGAACAAGGUCAACUUUAUUAAACGCUCUUUGCACACAUUGGACUCCCAGAUUGGCCAUCUGCAGGACCUCUCAGCUCUAACUGUGGACACCCUAAAGACCCUCACUGCUCAGAGGGCGUCGGAGGCCAGCAAAGUCCACAAUCAGAUUACCAGGGAGCUCAGCCUCUCUAAGAAUGUGGUCCCCAGCAUCGGUCCUGUGGCAACAGACACUGGCCCCCACUCCAAAUCCUCUGCGAUAGGCAAACGCAGUGUGGGGGCCUUCUUUGGCUCGUCUUUUCCACUGGCAGGAGCCAACAUCGCAGAUUCUCUUUUUGGGAUUGGUGUAGGGGGAGGGGCUGGGACAGAGAGUAGCCGGAGAGUCGGGAACAUCCCUGAAGCAGGACUAGGGCUGGACCCAAACUUUAACCCAGCGUUGAGUCCAGAGAGGAGGGGGUUGUUUGGGCUUGUGCCCCUUUCUGCAGAGGCUGGUUCCUCAGGCAGUGUCGGCUCCAGUGUCUUUGUCCAAAGUGCUGUGGCCAUUACCCCCCCAGAGCUGCGUCUCCGAGGCCGCUCUCUCACUCAGAGUAAGCUGACCCGUCCUCAAGAGCCGGGCCUUUCCGACUCCCCAUCGAGCCUGCCCAGUGUACCCUCCUCAAGGGCUCAGUUCAACAUGAGCUGCACCGCUUCCCAGCCCAGUGGCUCCAGUCAUCCAGAUCUCACGCUAGUUCGUCUUAACCAGCAGCCAGACAGCACCACUGUAGAGUUUGGGGCGUUUGUUGGACAUAGAGACAGUUUGGACCUCCAUCACUCCACACCCAAAGAGAGCUCCAGCAGACAGCAAAGUCCAGUCCUACAGACCAGAUCGCAGGCUCAGCCUGAAGGUCCUGAUCACAUCCGAGCAGUCAACUCCUACACCGGCUUCACAGAGUAUGAAAGAACCCCGGUUCUCCUCCAUCCUGACUCCUCUCUGACAAAGAAGGACAGGAGCAGAGUGUCAGCUGAAGAUAUUCUCAUUCGUGAUGACCCCAGGCCUGCAGUUCUGGAAAGAGUUCAGGUCAAAUCAGCCCAAGCAAGCAGCCUACGAACUCCUGGGGAAGAAACACUAAAUGCUGCAGUUUCUCUCUACACACCGCGACACACCCACCUGGGAGCCAGAAAGGACUCUAUUGGCUCACCUUUCAAGCCCAUGGAAAGCUACCAGUACUCAGCUGUAGAGCGCAACAACUUGAUGAGGCUGUCUCAAAGCAUUCCCUUCACCCCUGUGCCUCCUAGGGGGGAGCCGGUGACUGUGUACCGACUGGAGGAGAGCUCCCCCAGCACUAUCAACAACAGCAUCGGAGAUGAGAUCGUCCCCACCAACCUCCUGGAGGAAACCAUGCUGGCCUUCAGCCACUGGACCUACGAGUACACCCGCGGAGAGCUGCUGGUGCUCGACCUGCAGGGGGUUGGAGAGAUUCUGACAGAUCCAUCCGUUAUAAAGAGCGGUGAGAAGGGAUCCUAUGAUAUGAUAUUUGGACCUGCCAACCUGGGGGAUGAUGCCAUAAGGAACUUCCGAGCAAAACACCACUGCAACUCAUGUUGUCGGAAACUCAAACUUCCAGAUCUAAAGCGGAAUGAUUACACUCCAGAUAAGGUGACGUUCCCACAAGAAGACCCUUCCAACCCAGGGGGCGGUGUCAAAGAUUCCCGCCAAUCAAUGAGGGUGAUGCUGUGAUAGGUUUAAAGCAAAAGAGAGAGUUAGUGAACGAUCACAAGGAGACACUGUUCUGAUUGAUGUUGGUCAAAGCCAAGGAGCAGAGAGGCUUUCCCAAUCAACUGGAAGAAUCACACACCUGUUUCCAUGGGAGCCAGUGCAUGCAAACUGUGUCGUGUUUUUGUUUAACACACCAAAAUGCUGUGUCAAACACAAUUCAACCAUCUUAACCUUUUGUUUUGUAGAACAUUUCUUUUUUUACAUGUUUAUGAAUAUAUAUAUACAGUAUAUAUAUAUAUAUAUGAACUGAAUAUAUAUCUACAGGUACAAUAUCAUUGCAGAGGGUUUAUUAUUUAUUAUGAAGUUUGAGAAAUUGCCUUGUUUAAAAAAGAAAAAGAAAAAAAACAACAAAUCAAAGUGCAUUGUACAUCUGUUACAGCAGCUCCAGAGAGGACAGCCUGCUGAGAUUCAGUCACUGCUACGAUGCAGUUUGCCGCCAGAUCAUUUUUAUAAAUGUAUAAAGAAUUGUAUCACAACCUUUUGUCUCUUAGUUAAUGAACAGAUAUACAUGAAUUAGAAAAUCUUGUAAAGUAUGGGCAGAUUGCAAUGCAACUUUUACAGAACAAUGUAUGUAAUUUUAUUGUUUUGAAAGUGUGUCCACCAAAAUAUUGCUGAUAGUUUUUAUUGUUACAAAGGUACUAUUGCUAUAUCUUUGUCAUCAACUAUUGUAUGAGCAAAUUACAAUCUAGUGUAUCUUAUAGAUACUGUUAUCUGGCAUGAGCUGAACAGAACAGAUUGAAAUAUUUUAUUUAGGGGAACUGACAGACAUAAGGGUAUUGCUAUAUACAUUUUGUACUGGACAUAAUUUUAAACAAAUAAAAUGUUAAAAGGCUUUAGCAACAUUG